GACUGUUCGGUUUCACACAGAGAGAGAGAGAGAGAGAGAGAGAGAGAGAGAGUUGAUUACACUAUAGGCAGAGGACAGAGUUGAGUCUCCAUCUUCCCCUGAAUCUGAUUGAAACUCUUUGGUUUCAGAAGCAAUGGAUGUUGAUGGUGAGAGUAAUGGCUAUCCUUGGUGGGCAUGCCUGUGCUGUGGCUUUUUCUCACUGUUUGCUUCAAGCGAAAGAAGUGCAGAAUCUGCAGCUAUCAGUUCAGAUGAUGCUGUCUCUCGGGACUCUAAUGUCCUAGCUAGACAUUUAUCCGCAUCCCCAGCAGAAUUUGAACCGGGCUAUGAGUAUGAGGUUUUCCUGAGCUUCAGGGGACCGGAUACUCGCAAAGGCUUCACUGAUUUCCUCUACAACGCCCUUGUAGAUGCUGGGAUACGCACCUUUCUGGACGACGAGGCGCUCCGUAAAGGAGAACAAAUCGGGCCUAACCUCCUGGAGGCGAUCAAGCAAUCAAAGGUCUCUGUACCCAUCUUCUCCAGGGGCUACGCUUCUAGUAAAUGGUGCCUCAAGGAACUGGCCCAGAUGGUGGAAUGUAGGAACUCGGCAGGGCAGAUGAUAAUGCCCAUUUUUUAUGAUGUCACGCCCAAUGAGGUUCGGCAUCAAACAGGACGAGAUUAUAAGACAGCAUUUUCACAGCACGUGAAGACAUACAGCUCGAACGUCGUUCAGCAAUGGAGGGAUGCUCUAGCUGAGGUCGGAGCCUAAAGGGAUGGGAUCUGAAGAAUGUGGCAAAUGGACACCAAGGCCAGUUAAUAAAGCUAGUAGUUACAGAGAUUUUGAGGGAAUUGAAGAAAGCUCAUCUUCUUGUGACCGACAACUUAGUUGGGAUUGAGGAUCGCUUGGAGGCAGUCAUCUGAUUGGUUGAUGUUGGUGCGAGAGAUGUAAGGAUGAUUGGGAUAUGGGGUAUGGGAGGCAUCGGUAAGACGACUCUUGUGAAGGUCAUCUACAAUCAGAUUUUGGAUCAAUUUGACGGUCGUAGCUUCCUCAAUGACAUUCAUGAGUCGGUAAAACAGAAUGGUCUUAAGUACCUGCAAAGUCUGCUAGUUGCUGAUAUCUUAAGGCGUGAACGUCAGGAUUUCACUAGUGUGGAUGAGGGAACUGGGGAGCUUAAGCGCAGGUUCCGUGACAAGAGAGUCUUCAUUGUUCUCGAUAUUGCUUGCCUCUUCACAGGCAAGCAAUAUCGAGAAGCAGAUAUUUUUGGAUAUUGCUUGCCUCUUCACAGGAGAAGAUAAAAAUAUUCCCUCAUAUAUGUGGAAAGAUUGCAAUUUCUUUCCGGAAGGUGGAAUUGACAUCCUUCUUCUAAUGUCUCUGAUUAGGAUUGUACCGGAUAACAAGCUGUAGAUGCAUGAUCAACUCAAAGAUCUCGGUCGGGAAAUUGUCCGGAAAGAAAAUUAUGGACAACCAGGAAAACGCAGUAGGUUGUGGUACUAUGAAGAAGCAAAGGAUGUAUUGGACAAUUCUGAGUUGUUUGUGGAGCAGGGUACGGAGAAUGUUUUAGCCUUCCAUCUUGAUUUUAGAGUUGGGUUCGAAGACUGCCAUUUCACCGGCGAGCAGUUUAGAAAGCUAUCAGAGUUGAGGUUCCUCCAUUUACAUUGUGAUGCUCUGGAAGGAAAUUUUGAUGGCUGCUUAUCGAACUUGAGAUGGUUGAGUUUGCAUAGUUCUAUAUUGAUGAACCAGAUGCCUAUGCCAGCCAAUUUAAAUCUAAAGAACAUCGUUGUUCUGGAAUUAACAUCAUGCGAUGUUAGAGAUGGUUGGGACUCUAUCCAGAUGGCUGUGAAACUGAAAGACCUUUCCCUGCGACAAUGCCAUUAUUUUACCAGAACUCCUGAUUUUUCACGGUUUACUAAUUUAGAGAGUUUAAGCUUUGAAAACUGUCACCAGUUGGAAGUGAUCGCUUCAUCAAUAGGGAGGCUUAAGAGUCUGGCGUUCCUAAACCUUAGUUUUUGUCACAACAUUAGGGAGCUACCUCAUCAAGUGGGCUAUUUGAAGGCAUUGACUGAGCUCAUUAUUGAUGGAACUUCGUUGCAAGAUAUACCAAUCUUGAGUCACUUGAAGAAGCUCAAAAUUCUCCAUGCAAAGCAAUGCAAGUUUUUGUAUCAGAUUCCCAACUCCAUUGAUCUCGGAACUUCUCUCUCGGAUCUAAUACUUGAUUUUUCUGAAAUCAUCGAGCUUCCUGACUCCAUACAGGCUCUUGUGAAACUACAGCGUCUGUCAUUGAAGAGCUGUUCGUUGUUGACAGCACUUCCAGAUUCCAUUGGGCAGCUGAAGGAAUUAAUCGAGCUUAACUUAUCUUUAACGAGAAGGAUUACUAAGUUGCCCGAUUCCAUUGGAGAUUUAGAAAAGCUGCAAGUGCUCAACAUUGGUCACUCUGGCAUACGUCGCUUAUCGACAAAUCUUGGAAAUAUGAGAAAGCUCAUGGUGCUCGACGCUUCGUUUUGUGUGGAGAUGGAGGGAGAACUUCCUUCUGAGCUCGGGCAAUUGUCCCUCUUAAGGGUCUUGAGAUUAGAUGAUGCAGGCAUUAGAAGCCUUCCGCUAUCUAUCAGGAAUCUUGAUCAUCUCCAGACACUCAAUGUAAUAGGAUGCCAUGACCUUCACACUCUCCCUGAGCUUCCUACUGGGUUGACUAAUCUUCAAGUUACUUGUAAGUCACCGGUGCCAAUCCCGAAUCUCCCUGAUUUAAUUAAUUUGAAGCAGUUAACAUUUUCUGAGUGCUUUAACUUGGCAGAGAUGACCCCGGGCAUUGCAAAGUUAUCGAAGUUGGAAUUCUUACAGUUUCUCAGAACAGGUAUUAGCAGCUUACCUGAGGAAAUUGGUGCACUUUCUCAGCUAAAGGUGCUCAGCAUUGUAAAUUGCUGGAAACUUCGAUCCCUUCCCACCCUUCCCGCAGGCCUUCAGGAGCUAUGUGUUGUCGGGUGCAAUCUAUUUCAUGCAUUACCUGAUCUUUCGAACUUGCAGAACCUAUCAGAGCUACAACUACGUGAAUGCUCUCUGAUGGAAAUUCGAGGUCUUGGGAGAUUAGCAUUUUUAACACGCCUGACAGUUAGAAGCCGGAGAAUAGCUAACCUUGAUGCGCUUGAGAGAGUAGAAGCUCUGACAUACUUGGAAGUCUCAUACUGCAGAAAUCUUGAAAGACUACCAGAUUUAUCGAAUCUGAAGUUGUUGAAUGAGAUAAAGGCUAAUGAGUGCAAAAGGCUGGAUGAAGUCGAAGGCCUUGACGAUUUGUGCUCCCUGAGGAAUUUAGAGAUUCGCAAUUGCACAUCCUUGGAAACAUUGCCUGAUUUGUCAAGCUUAAAGCUGUUGGAACGCUUGGACGCUGGAGGCUGCGAGAAGCUACACGGCCUAGAAGGCCUCGAUGAGUUGGAAUCACUGCAAGCGUUAAAUCUCAGACAUUGCAAAGCAAUUACAAGGUUGCCAAAUGUCUCGGGGCUGAAGUCCUUACAGUGGCUAGAUAUCUCAGGCUGUGAUAACCUAACAGAAAUUCCAGGGCUCGAAGAGAUAAAUCCAAUAUCAAUUUCUAGAUAUUAAGUGAAAUUGAGGGGUUCGGGUCUGUAGCAACUUCUGUGAUGGACUUCAAUCUCUCAAUAUCAGACUACGCAAGGAAUGUCCGCUUAUCUGACUCAUGAAGGAUUACUUAUUCAGAGACACUUCCAGUUCUGUUAUCAGAGAAACAAUAAAGGAAGAUAAGCUCCUUAAUUGGCUUGCUGACUACUUGCACUAUUUGUUGGAAUGGAAGGAAAGAAGCAGCUGGCAAUGUGGGAAGAGAUCGAUUCAGGAUUCUCUUAAUUUUGAGAAGUAGAAUGUGAUUUACAUAGACUCAAACUGUUGCAGAUAUGUCUAUAUGAUAGUCGGCUGCAGCAUUACAAAGCCACUGAAAUGUUUAUUUACUUUCUAAUUCACUCAUUUGAAUGAAUAUCUGUUUCGGAUUCUUCAUUUUU